GCGAUCGUGUGACAGGAAGGAACCGCUAAUGGAUUUACUAACGGAGGAAGUCCAUAAUGAUUUCGGCUUUUGGGCAGGGCCGGGCCUUAAAUUUGGCAGAAGCAAUCGGACCUGUGUUGGGCAGGGCAGAGCCUGAACGUAGCGAGUGUGGCUAAAAUAAGUAUGAAUGCUCUUACUUCUGAGGAGGCAGCCUCGCAGUAAAUGCUGUACAGCCACUGCAUAUGUCGUAUUGACCAUGCAGAAUCGUUAACGCCUCAACUCGUUCAAAUUACCCAUAAAUACUCGGAUGUCAUUACAUUUCAAUGGAGACGUCCACAACGGAGUGAAUGCGCAACGCCCUCUUGCGGUUGAAUGCUCCGUCGCGAGACAGACACUGCAUACUUACAUUUUUUCUGACUUUGCCUCGUCUUCAGUUCAGCCAGUCUGCCAAAGAGCAGGGAGUUCGUUAACAAAACAGAGAAGAUAAAUGUGGUUUUCGGUGAUGGCUUCAUGGUAUAGUUAGUAACUUGUAAACAAUCACCCAUAACAAUAACCCUUCCAUUAACUGCUGUGGCAGUGUCUGUAGCUCAAGCACUCGUUAUGAAAGGAGUCCUUGCACCCUCACCACGAUUUGGUUCCCUGCCUAAAGUAGCUAUUGCUGGUCUGUUUGGGUACAUUGGCGGGAAGAUCUCUUACACAAAGAUAUGUCAGGAGAAGUUCAAAAAUCUGGAGAAUUCCCCAUUGGGUGAAGCCCUAAGACAAGGACAACGUCAUAUCCCUCAACAGUUUGCUCCUCAGAACCCAUCAGAGUUGGGAGAUCCUAACCAGGCUUUUUUUGAACAAGCCUCCCAGUCAGUGGCGGAACCUCGCACCCAAGCAGACUCCUUCAGCUACCCUAGUGACUUCUCCUAUAGUGAUCAGGAUGCGCUGUUGAGUCCUCCCCUCAGUGAGUCUGACCCCACAGGAGCUGCAGUUGAUGUCAACCAACCAGUCCCUCCUUACUUGGAUGAUGAGACUCCCAAAAAGAGACCAACCCUGUACGAGGACCUACGAAGCAGAAACCGUGAGAACUACGAGGUUACCCUGACCCAAAAGGCAGACAUUCUGCUCAAGUCCCCGGCUGAAACACCUGUUCCGAAGAGAGAUGGUGAUUCAUUCCCCACAGAGAUCUGUUGUUAUUGGGACUAUUUACAUAUGGUGCUUACAAUGGGGUUUGUAGCAAUAAUUGGCCAUGCAGGCUGCCUCACAUCCAGCCGUGAUUGGGAGUCCCAUAGGGCGGCACAGCGUUGCCCGGGUUUGGCCGGGGUAUUCAUUUGAAAAAGAACCAAUAUGGAGAUGCAUGGGACGAGUGAAGAGUCUGCUUCAGGAGCCAGUGAUCAGCUGCUGCACCAGGAGAAGAAGGCAAGAGGGCACAUGUAGUAUACACAAGACCUCUGCUUUUUAUGCAAUCAUGCUAUAGAAAUCUGAAAAACACGUUUGACGUUUCCGAAGUGAUAAAUGCAAAAUCAUAUAUUGUCAAAAGGUUAACAUGAAUAGCAGCUUUCUAGAAUUGUCCAAUGCAGUUGAAUGCAGCCAACAAGCUUACCAAUAGCUUGUGUAUCAGUGGAGGCUGCUGAGGGGAGGACUGCUCAUAAUAAUGGCUGGAAUGGAGUCAAUCGAAUGGUAUCAAACACGUCUCCAUUCCAGCCGUUAUACUUCAUUUCCAGCCAUUAUUAUGAGCCAUCCUCCUAUCAGCAUCCUUCGCUGCUAUGUUUCCAUCCCGUCAUUUUAGCAUUGUAACUGGGUCUUAUUCAAAUGUGAAUGUUCAGUAUUACCAGUGAGCUCAUACUAUUUUGAAGGUUUAUCUGUAAGUCCUAAAUUAAUAUAAUUGAAUAUGUCCAUUUGGUGUUAUCUGGACCGUAUCUGGCAUCAGAUUAUUGCGUUGAGGGUGGCAGAUCAGAUUAUAAUGCUAUAUGAUGUAAAAGCAGAAUGUUGAGGGCCUCUUUGAAGACCAUCUUAGCACAUGUGGACAUCUGAAGGUUUAGUUUGGCAGGGUGUUGACUCAGUAAUAAUUGAUAGGCCUCCUUGUUUUUUCCCAGCGGUGUCAAAAGUAACAUAAAACAAAAGCUGCGUUGACUGAGAUGUCCUCCAGGACCAAGCUUACCCAGAUUCUCUGGUCUGUUGACUUUUCAGCAAGGUGUGGUGCAGACAUAAAAAUAAAUAGCACUGUGUAACACAUAUCUCUUUCCUUCUGUUUAUGUUUUGUCAAACAACUGUGUUGAUUAUUAAAUCAUAGCCAAAUUGG